CGGCGGGGGGCGUAGCCGGCCUGGAGUCGGGGAGGAUCUGCGCGGCUGUAGGGCGCAGGCGCGGGGUGCGUCUGCGGCCGGGGGAGGGAUGCGGAGGACGCGACGGCGGUCUGGGGUUUGUUUGGGUUGUGGGUGGUACGUGCACAGCGAGGUAAAAGCGGGAAAUGGCGGCGCCGAGCGCGGGGUUCCGGCCCAGCCUGCAGCAAAAGGGGCUAAUGGCUGCUGACAGGGGGCGCAGGGUGUUGCCGGUGUGCGGCAUGCAUCCCGACCAUCAGGAAACUCUGAAAAGGAAUCGAGUAGUGCUGGCCAAGCAGCUAUUGCUGAGUGAACUGUUGGAACAUCUCCUGGAGAAGGACGUCAUCACACUGGAAAUGAGGGAGCUCAUCCAGGCAAAAGUGGGCAAUUUCAGCCAAAAUGUGGAACUGCUCAACUUGCUGCCCAAGAGGGGUCCACAGGCUUUUGAUGCCUUCUGUGUGGCGCUGAGGGAGACCAAGCAGGGGCACCUGGAGGAUCUGUUGCUCACAACCCUCUCUGGCCUUCAGUGUGCACACCCACCGUUGAGCUGUGACUACGACUUGAGUCUUGCUUUUCCCGUGUGUGAGUCCUGCUCCCCUCACAAACAGCUCCGCCUGUCAACAGACACUGUGGAACACUCCCUGGACAGCAGAGAUGGCUCCCCCUGCCUUCAUGUGAAGCCUUGCGCUCCCGACUUUUAUCAGACACACUGCCAGCUGGCGUAUAGGUUGCAGUCCAGGCCUCGUGGCCUGGCAUUGGUGCUGAGCAAUGUACGCUUCACUGGAGAGAAAGAUCUGGAAUUUCGCUCCGGAGGAGAUGUGGACCACAAUACCCUAACCACCCUCUUCAAGCUUUUGGGCUACGAUGUGCACGUUCUACAUGACCAGACUGCACAGGAAAUGCGAGAAAAACUUCAGAAGUUUGCACAGUUACCUGCACACCGUGUCAUGGACUCCUGCAUAGUGGCACUGCUGUCGCAUGGUGUAGAGGGUGGAAUCUAUGGUGUAGACGGGAAACUACUUGAGCUACAAGAGGUUUUUCGGCUCUUUGACAACGCCAACUGCCCAAGUCUGCAGAACAAGCCAAAAAUGUUCUUCAUCCAAGCCUGCCGUGGAGAUGAAACCGAUCGUGGAGUUGAUCAGCAAGACGGAAAGAACCAGGCGGGAUCCCCCGGGUGUGAGGAGAGCGAUGCUGGGAAAGAGGAACUGCUGAAGAUGAGGCUGCCUACUCGCUCAGACAUGAUCUGUGGCUAUGCCUGCCUCAAAGGGACUGCAGCCAUGCGGAACACCAAACGAGGUUCCUGGUACAUCGAGGCACUUGCUCAGGUGUUCACUGAGAGAGCUUGUGACAUGCACGUGGCCGACAUGCUGGUCAAGGUGAAUGCCCUUAUCAAGGAGCGUGAAGGCUAUGCCCCAGGCACGGAGUUCCACCGCUGCAAGGAGAUGUCCGAGUACUGUAGCACUCUGUGCCGUCACCUCUACCUGUUCCCGGGACACCCUCCCACGUGAUGCCUCCUCCCUCGUCCCUGCCAGCUGGAGGUGUGAUAGAGCCUUUUGUUCUCCAGGAUGCACGGUUUCUGUCUUUCCCCACUCAGGGAUAUGGGAAUCUCCAGACUUGUUUCCUGUGCCCGUCAUCUCCGCCAUUGAAUAUGAGACUUGAGGCCAGCUCCUUUUGUGUGACACUGUUUCCGUGUAGGCACACUGGCUAGACUGUUUGCCACAGGUGUUUUGGCCACAGUUGAAGAGCCUGGCCAGUGAGUUUAUGAAGAGAACAUGAAAGAGUUCUUCCAUGUUUUUGUUCAGUUCCUGCCCCUGGGGCUUCUAUAGGGAACAGUUCGGGCAUUGCUUUUACUCCCUUAGUUCAGGUGCCUCAGAGAUCAUCUGCUGUCUUUUGUAUUUCCAGUAGGCAUUUUGGUUUGGCUUUGAAGAGGCGAGUGGGAUUGGAGACAGCCUCUGCCGUGUGCAGAAACUGCCUUUGUGGAACAGCAGCCUUCGUACCACCCCACCCACACACCCUCCUUCCUUCUUGGGGCUCCAGGCAUCCAGGCUUUCAGUCGUCACCUCUGGACAUCAUUGAUCUUUGUCCCUAGAAGGCCCAAAGGUCUCGCUGGUCAUCUUUUUGUCUGAGUUUCCUUAUUACUGAAAGCUGCCCGAGCGCCGUGAGCUCUCACCAUGUUUUCUUGAUCUUUCCUGUGUAAUGUUCUU